UUUGCUUGGUUUUGAAGAAGUUUUUUUUUCUCUCUUCAAAAAUGCUGUUAUAAAGAGACACGUCUAGAAUCUGAUUUCAAACAAGGUAAUGUUUAAAAAUUGCUUCAAAGUUUAUGCGGUUGGAAUAUCAAGAAUCACAUUAAACCACAGAAAGCUUUUCAUGGGUGAAAGGAAAGAAACAUCUUGCCCUUUUAAGAUAUCUCACAUGGAUCAUCUUGUGCUAACGGUGCAAAGCAUCCCAGAAACAGUGCAAUUCUACAGCAAGUUGCUCGGAAUGGAAGAAAUAUCUUUUGGCUUGGGUAGAAGCGCACUUGCYUUUGGAAACCAGAAAUUCAACUUGCAUCAAAAAGGCAAAGAAUUUGAACCAAAAGCAAGAAAACCAACACCUGGUGCUAUAGAUAUCUGUCUCAUUACUUCAACACCUAUAGUUGAAGUACAGAAACAUGUUAAAAGCUGUGGGGUUGCUGUUGAAGAAGGGCCAGUCAAAAGAACAGGAGCAACAGGACCAAUAUUGUCCAUCUAUUUUAGGGACCCAGAUGGAAAUUUGAUUGAAGUUUCAAAUUAUCUAACUUAAACUUUUGAAUAUGUACAAAAAUAUCAAAGGUUUUGAUAAAUAAAUACCUAUUAAAGCUUUUUUAAAAUUAAAAAAAUAAUAAUAAUAAUAAGUAAGUAAUAGUAAGUAAUAGUAAGUAUCCCAAAAAUUUUCAUUAUUUAAUAAAAAAAUUCUCAUCAUUUAAUAAGCCAAUCGAAGAUAAUUGCAUAGUACCAAAAUUAUGGGCAAUGGAUGGCAUGCGWGUACGACCUAACGCCAAUUUUCAUAAACAUGUAAACUCUAUGUCUGCAAGCUGCACUCUGAAAUAUUUGUUUUUUUCCUGCCGUCUAUCAAACCCUAUCAGUCGGUACCUUUCAUACUUUUGACUGGUGGCAGCAAAAAAAAUUCAGYGUGCAAGUCGGAGACACAGAGUUUGCAUGUUUAUGAAAAUUGCAGUAAUUAGCAUUAAUUGAAUGGAUGGUAACAUUUAGAUGAUUAUUGCCACAUAAAGGUGAAGCUUUAUUUUUAUCCACACAAUGAAAUCCUGGUAAAYAAAAACUAACAGGUGACUGUU